CACCAUUGAUUACUUGAUGUCUCAUACUUCCUAGGUCAAACAAAUUCCUUUCUUCACAUCCUUAUGUUCUCCAAACUUUUUUCACCCGAGUCACUAUAGUACGGCAUAUGCCAAUAGGCACAGUUACGUACUUCAAAAUGAAUCCAUCCAUCCAUCCAUCAUCAGAGUGGCCGUUUCGUCUUGCACCAUCCUCCCGGAGAUAUAUAGACUUAACUUUGAGAGAUGGGUCUCUUUGGCCUUGCACUCCUCCUGAUUUUCCCAACCAUUUCGAUUCCAUGCCUUCACGGUGUUUUGUCUGUCGACUGAGACGAAAGGGAUGUGUCCAGGCCCCAAGCCUUCACUCCUGUGAUGCAUGUCAACGCAUGCACAUUGAGUGUAUGCCUUGCACAAUGAAGAUUCCCAAUGUGAUCAGAGUGCGUUUUUGCCAUCGUGGCAGCACGAUGAACGAAGGGAUAACAUCCCUAUAGACAUCAACCAGAGCUCGGGAGUGUCUGGAGGAGAUCAGGAUCUUAGCUUCCAGCGAUCCUCGGCGUGUUGAGACCGCACUCCUUCCCAAG